AGUUGCCUGUCACUCUAGCUGGGACAACCUCAUAUGCAGCGAUGGAGGCACAGUCCGGGGCACCGUGUGUACCAGCCUCUCCUGACUGUAUUCCCCCUGGGCACAGUGCGCUGCUCACCUCGCUGCCUCUGUCCCCGGACGCCCUGCACUUUGAUGACGAUGAUGAUCUGGAGGUAUUCAGCAAGGAUGCUGCGCUGAAUGAUGGGAAUUCGUUCAGUCCUCUGUUAUUAGCCUCUCCGUCAUCCAUGACAAACCAGUAUAGGUUUGAGGACGAACCAGAUAUCAUCAAGGAUAUAUUCAUUACAGUGGAUGAACCUGAAUCUCAUGUAACAGCGAUUGAAACCUUCAUUACGUACAGAAUUGCAACAAAGACAUCACGUAGCGAAUUUGACUCAAGUGAGUUUGAAGUAAGGAGAAGAUAUCAAGAUUUCCUCUGGCUGAAAAGCAAGCUUGAAGAUGCCCACCCCACAUUGAUCAUUCCACCGUUACCAGAAAAGUUCAUAGUUAAAGGGAUGGUUGAAAGAUUUAAUGAUGAUUUUAUUGAAACUCGGAGAAAAGCACUGCAAAAAUUUUUAAACAGAAUUGCUGAUCAUCCGACAUUAACUUUUAAUGAAGACUUUAAAAUUUUCCUAACAGCUCAAGCAUGGGAACUAACUUCACACAAAAAACAAGGACCUGGACUUUUCAGCAGGAUGGGUCAAACUAUUAAAGCCGUAGCGUCUACUGUUCGAGGUGUGAAACAUCGACCGGAUGAGUUUACCGAAUUAGUUGAAUACGUGAAUGCUUUCAGUCAGAAAAUUAAUAUGAUAGAUAAAAUAUCCCAAAGGAUUUUAAAAGAAGGAAAAGAUUAUUAUGAAGAAAUGAAGGAAUAUGGUCCGGUCUACACUCUGUGGUCUGCCUCCGAGGAGGAGUUGGUAGACUCUUUGAGAGGCGUUGCCGGAGGUAUUGACAAGUGCUGUAAAAUCAUGGACUCUUUAAAUUCUAAUCUGUCCAGAGAUCUCAUUCCAAUUAUACAUGAGUAUGUUUUAUACAGUGACACACUGUCGGGUGUACUGAAACGAAGAGAUUAUAUUCAGGCAGAGUUUGAUAGUAAAGUGGAGAUGCUUGCCAAUAAAAAGGCAGAUACAGAAGCACUUAAAGAAGAGGUUGAAAAACUUGAAGAUAAAAUGGAAUGUGCAAAUAAUGCUUUAAAAGCUGACUGGGAUAGAUGGAAACAGAACACGCGAAAUGAUUUAAAACUAGCGUUUACCGAUAUGGCUGACCAUAAGAUCAAUUACUACGAAGAGUGUCUUGCUACAUGGGAGUCCUUCCUUUCAUCUCAAACAUGUGAACUACAGCUGGAUGUGAAGCAAGAAGACUCAUCUUGAUUACGCUCAACAAACUCCUUGCCUUACCAAAGAGGUCCUCUUUUAUAUAACAGCCAAAUGGAACGAUGCUGAAUAACCAUAUAUACUAUUAUAUUAAUGUGGCUACAAUCAGAAAUACUCACUGCCAAGAAACAACAUUGGUUGUCUUCCAAUUGCAUGGUUCUUUUAUUGGAUCGUGGGAAGUGAUCAGUGAACGACUCGGUUGUCGAGAGUUGCAGUAUAAUUUUGUAUGCAUGACUGAUAUUUGAAAAUAUAUAUAUGUAAAUCAUGUCUGUGUUACCUUGAGUUUUUGUAUCUAGUAACUAUUUUAAAAUAUUAUGUUUAACAAACUUUUAAUUAAAAAAGUGAAAUAGGAAA